AUGGCAACCUCAACACGAGAUUAUACACCCGUUGCAAAAGGAGGAUUUUGGAAUUCUACGAAGCCACCACUUAGCAAAGAAACUCAAGACUUAUUAAAAGCCGGUCAAGGCUUACCUGUUAAAGCUCACUCCACGUCAUCAAGAAAACAUCACAAUGGUGAGGCUACUGCAGACAGAAAGAAAGUUUUAAACCCAAAAAAUUAUCUUGGUGGAAUAAGAAGUAAAGACAAAAUACAAAAUAUAGUCAAGAAACAAAACGAAGAUACGCCAACCUAUACCCCUCCUUUCAACACAAAAAAAAUUACUGAUAAUGAUAAGAGGAGACUACAGAAUCUUAUGGCUUAUGGUCAGGACGUCACAAAUGCCGACGAAGUAGCAAGAAAUACCAACACUCUUCCACAACGAGAUGAACCAAUAGAAAUUGAUCGUUUCGAGGAAGUACUUGCGGAAAUUGAAGAUAGAAAAGAAUUUCUAGAAACUAUGGAGUCACUAGGGAAAGGAAAAGAGCUUAAAAGUAGGAUACUAGCAGAAAUAUCAAUGAAAAUAAGAGAAUUAGAGAAAAUUGAUCGGAAAAGAUCGCAGGAAGUAAAAGAUUCCUUUCCGGCUGAUCAACUAUCUAGCCGUUUUACUUCUCCAAUUCAACCGUGGGAAGAAUAA